CCUGUGGGAUAGUUUUAGUCUCCUUGUGAUUAUGUAUUUACUGUUUAUAAAAUCUUCUUGCUACUUAUGAGUUAAAAGAACUUAAAAUUCCAUUCAGAAUUUGAAAAUUCUGCAGAUAAUGAUGCAUCCGGAAUCAUUUUCAAGUGAUAAAGCAAAUUUGGACUUUUACCAACCACAUUAUGAACACUUCACCAAUCCUGGAGAUAGUACAAGUUGUCUUCAGCGGCUUUGUUGUUUCAAAAUGCGAUCACGGUUCUGUCCGAAAUGUGGUACAUAUCACAAGAAGUCUGGAAAAUACUGUUUGAGCCUCACAAUAGCAGCACUCAUGGCUCUUGUGUUCUUUGUUACUCUGACGGUUUCCUUAACCUACCACAUCAACGACUUCAAAAGUGGGUCUGAAGCACUCCAGCAUUUCCUUUCUCUAAUUAAUUUCGGUAAAGAAAUAAAAAAUCCAGCCAACUACAAUACUUCACAAUUUUCAGUGUUUAUAAACAAUACAAAUAAUACAAGUGUUGACUCAAACUUAGUAUUGAGUGACAUAGUUGAGGAUAUGAUGAGCUCUGAAUAUUCAAAUUUCCAGAACUUUGAGGAUGAAUUGACAAUCUACCCUGGAGAUAUCCAUAACAGAAUAAAGAGAAGUAUUAAUUCAUCAGAAUCCAAACAUGAACACAUAAAUAAUCUUUCUAAUGCAGAGAUUGACUGCUCAACAAUUUUAUCCCAAAAUUAUGCAAACAAAUUCUUACCAAAACAAAAUUCUCUAACCCUAACUAAUCAAGUACAAUUCAAUAAAAUUUAUGAUAAUUGCCAAAGAAAGCUAGUAAGAAAAGAUGUUACAGAAGUAAAAAAUAAUAAAGUGACUCUCUACAAUUUGUCUAAAUCUGAGUUAAUGCUUGAACCUAACAUGAAACAAAUCACACAUUCAGAUCCCACAAGGAAAUCACAAGUAUCAAAAAGUACACAAAAAAUUACCCUUGAAGACUUUGAUGAUUUGGAAGAAGAUAAGUAUACAAGGAAACGCAGUCCCGAUUAUGGGAAUAUUCCUCAGUAUGAUUUUUUGCAUUACAAUCCCAAUUAUUUGAAGCCAACUGACCAUGAAGAGGAAGACCGUUUUUCUUCAAAAACUACAAGUCACAUUUUAAGUGAGAGUGAACCUGUCAGGAAAAAGUUGUCGUAUCCUCCUACAGGCCCAGACGGUUCAAACUUUGCGGAAAGUGUCAAGACAAGUCAACAACUUACGGUUGCCAAUAACCGGAUUUGGAAACCUGUUUGUUUCCAAACACAUAACACUGGUUCACAUGUCCCUCCUGGAUUUGUGUGUCUACCAAUCCCAGUACUUCAGAGUCUCACUGGCCAUAACCCUGCCUUCUAUGACUCCAGAGGAGAUAAAGGAGUGGAUACAAAACCACCCUUACCAACAGUGAUCACACCUAAUGAUGACACUCCUAGUUUGGCGCCCACUGCUGCUGAACGAAUAUUAUCACCUACAAAAUCACCAAGCAUACACGUUCCAACUGCUAUAUCUUCACCCAACCCGUAUUUUUUCCCAACAUUCAACGGUGCACCAAUAAUGUCACAAUUUCCUUACGAUUCUCGUCAGCUACCUCCAUUUACUCCUGGUUGGCCUCACAGAGACGGACUUUCCAAUUUCCACGGCAUUCCCCCUCCUGUUCGAACUUAUCCCCCGUACUUUGGACAAUCACAAAUACAAAGUGUUUCCCCCAUAUUAUUUCCUCAACAAAAUUCCCCAGCCUUUCCACCCCAACCCCUGUAUAACUACCAUAACCCUCAUAAUCCCGUGCUCUGCAUGUAUGUUCCAACUCAGACCCACCAGUUUCCGGUGGUUCAUGGCGUAACUGAAGCAAGAAAUAUAAAGAUUGGAGGUGACUCUGGAAAUCUGAACCCACCAUCUAUUUAUCAUACCAACAGCUCGGGUGGAGCACAGUUUAAAUCAGACGAGAACAGUUGCGAUGCUGAUGAGUUUGCCUGCUUAAAACCUGAAGCUUGUAUCCCCUUAAGCUCUUGGUGUGAUGGUAAAGUUGACUGUCUGGAUGCCAGCGAUGAGACACUAUGUUCCUGCAAACACAGAGUUGAUGAACACCGUCUCUGCGAUGGUUUCUUUGACUGUCCUUCAGGAGAAGACGAACUUGGAUGCUUUGGAUGUGAAGCUGAUUCAUUCAACUGUUUUGAUGUGAGUGGAGACAAUGGGAAGUCUACUUGUGUUCCUCUGUCCAAGAGAUGUGACAACGUUGUGGACUGCCAGAAUCAAAGAGACGAAGACGAAUGUGCCCUACUUGCCGAUUCCAUCUCUUCCCACAAGACCCAUUUUGUGUCAUAUACGAAGGGUCUACUUCACCGCAACUGGCAAGGACGCUGGUAUCCAGCCUGCACUGGCACCGUUGUUACAGAAUGGGCCCAGCAGGCUUGUCUCGCAGAUGUGGGAAUGUUGCUCAGCGAACCUUACAUAGAGAUGAUACCAACGGAUUAUCCUGGACCAUUCAUAAUCCCUAAUGGACCAGACAAGUACACUCUGAGCCAAAUGUGUCAGGAGGAGAAGGUGGUCACCCACGUCACUUGUUCCCCCGUUGUAUGUGGGACGAGACUGUUAAGAUCCAUAGACAACCCUGCGGUAAUCACUCAGAGAGUACGUCUCCACAACUUGAGCAUAAUGACAAAUCAAAGGAAGUCUGAUUAUUUGCCCGAAAAUAAUGAACGUCACAAUGAAGAAGAUAUAAACUCUUACCCUGAAAAUGAUCAAACAGGGCAGAAGGAAGACUCUUAUCCUCUGAAGGCUGUUAAUGAGAUUAAUGAUGAGGAGGGUGAAGACUACGUGCAGCGGGCAAGCAACUUGGAAGAGUUUCAAACACAAUAUGAACCUUUAAAGAAUGACUAUCUAGACCAGACAGUGCCCGGCGGGCUGCAGUGGACCUUAGAGAACAAGAAGGUGGUGGGUGGUGGGGAGAGUGUACCGGGGUCCUGGCCUUGGGUUGUGGCGGUCUACCAGGACGGUACAUUCCACUGUGGUGGCGUCAUUCUUAACCAGCUUUGGGUCAUGACUGCUGCACACUGUGUUGAGAAUUACAUGCACCACUACUACGAGGUGCAGGCGGGGAUGUUGCGGCGGCUGUCAUUCUCCCCGCAAGAGCAAACCCGGCAGGUAACUCACGUGGUGCUCCACAGUCUGUACAACCGCGUGGACAUGCACAACGAUCUAGCCUUGCUACGGCUCCAGCGCCACCUACAGUACAACCGCUGGGUGCGGCCCGUGUGUCUGCCUGACCAGUACGGCCCGUCGCCCGGCACUGUGUGUACAGCUGUCGGCUGGGGCGCUACGGUGGAACAUGGACCUGACCCCGACCACCUGCAGGAGGUGGAUGUGCCCAUCCUGCCCUACUGCAAGCGUAAGGUGGACCAGGUGGGGGAUGAGAUCUGUGCAGGCUACAUUGAAGGUGGUCAUGACACUUGUCAAGGUGACAGUGGCGGUCCUCUGCUCUGCAAGGCCCUGGGAAAGAAGGAAAGAUGGUAUGUGGCCGGUGUCGUGAGCCAUGGAGAGGGUUGUGCCAGACCUGAUGAACCUGGUGUGUAUACACGUGUCUUCCUCUUCGUGGACUGGAUCAGAAGCAUCAUCAAUGAACAAGUUUACUCCUUCUCACUGAGACAGAUGCCAAAGCAAGAGUGCCCAGGUCGUCAGUGCAGCUCAGAGAGACAUUGUGUACCUCUUACCAGACUGUGUGAUAUUCGAAUCGACUGUUUGAAUGCUGAAGAUGAAACAUCCUGCAAGGAACAAUACCUUGGAAGGCCUCAUUUUGCACCUCAUACAUUCAAUAGCUCAGAAAAUCAUGAAUAUGUUGAUGAAGAAAACAAUGAAAAUACUUCAUCUCGAGGGGAAGAAGGUUCAAAUGUAUUUGAAGAAACCACAGAUGUUACUGAAUUUACUAGUAUGAGAAAUUUAAUUGAAUACAAUAAUGAACAAGAAACACAAUUUAAGAGUGAACAUUUCAAGAAUUUGGAUGAACAUCCUAAAACAACUUCUAAGUCAUAUGAGAAUGAAAUAACAGACAGUACAACUGAACUUGCUCCUCACUUCACUGAUGACACUACCUAUAAUGAUAGGUUUACAACUGAUGAUCCUUCAGUGAGCACUAUCAUCACCACUAGUUCACAAAUAGUUGAAGAAAUUACUACUACUAAUUUAAUCACUGAUGGAAUAAAAAUUAUCAGUGAUAUGGAUAAUCAAUCCAAAAUCAAUGUUCCUAAUGAAGGGGAUGAUAUAGUUACAACUGAUUCUUUAAUGAGCACCACUAUUUCUUAUUCACAAGACACUCAAGAAAUCACUAAUGUUGAUUCAUUUAAAGAUGAAAUACAUAUAAUCCAUGAGUACAUACCUGACCAUCAUAUUGUUGAGAAUGUAUCAGAUACAACAUCCCAUGAGGUUCAUAAUGUAAAUAUUCCAACUUACUUAGUCAACAUUCUGUUUAAAGAUGGUAUUAAUUCAAGCAGCAAUGCUUCAUCCCAUAGCAAACAAAUAGAGGAGACAGUUGUUGACAAUAAAAGCACAACUGAGCAAGGCAUUUCACAUGAUUAUGAUUCUAAAGGUAAAACUGAUAAUGAUUCAAAAUCAGAACAUAGUGGCCUAGAGAGAGAUGACCCUACUGAAGUUCCUUUUAUGGACAAAGGAAAAGGAAUUAGUGGUGAAGGAACUAAACUUGUAAACAGCUCUGAAGAAUAUCACCAUGAAAAUCAAAGUACAAAUUUAGAAACAUCAGAUAAACAAAACAAAAUAAAAAUAAUAAAACUUGAUGGAAACACAACCCACAAGAGUAUUAACUUUAUUGAAAAUAUUACUGUAGUCGAACCCUCGUAUACAAAGGCAAAGAAUUAUUCAGUAUAUUUUCUUGAUCAUAUUACUAAUCAAAAUGGUAACGCUAAUUCUAGAAUUAUCAAUGAAAAUGAGGCUUCAACAGUUUCUCAAAUUAAUUCUACCAAUUUCAACGCUGAAAUUGAGCGAGUAACAGAAUCAACAAAAAUUACAACUCAAAGAGGGCAAAAUGUUCAUAAGAAUCCUUUCAUAAUAGACGAUGUCUCCAAAACUGAAAAACAGUUCUAUAAAAAUUUUUGUAAACAUUUUAUGAACAGUAAAGAGGAUUUAUCUGAACAAACAGAACAAAACAAUAAAACUAAUGUCAGCCCAUCCAGUGAUAACAAUGAGAAGAGUACUGGUCAGAAGGCAACAACAGAACUCAGUAUUUCAACAGAGAGUUCUACUGUCAUAAAUCCUAUACAUGGAAAAAGAAAAAAUAACACAUCAAAAAUUAAAACUCCUCAUAAUCUAAUCUUUGUCUGCAAGAGAUAUGAACAGCCAUUGUUGAUGACUAGAAGAUGUGACGGGUUUGUUGACUGUGAGGAUGGAACUGAUGAAAUGAACUGUUCCUGCAAAGAAAGACUCGUUCACCUCAACCCAAACCUGAUCUGUGAUGGUCAGAUCCAUUGCUUCGAUCGGAGUGAUGAAGCACAUUGUAAACGGAAAUGCAAGAAAAAAGAAUUCUUUUGUCCUAAGAGUAAAAAGUGUAUUCCUCAAGCUUCACGGUGCAAUGGGAGAUAUGACUGUUCAAAGGGUGAUGAUGAAGAGGAUUGUUAUGCUCUAGUGGAUCCAGAGUCUCGCCAGUCAAGAUUCGCCGAUGAAGGGCUGGUGGCUGUCAACUACAAGAGCAAGGGAUGGCAGCCCUUGUGCGUGUCUCCCCAGGACAAUCAGGGCAUAGCCUUUACUGCUUGUGCCUCUUUAGGAUUUCGUGGAUAUGAAUAUGCCCGGGGAGAAGCUGUGACAGAUGUGUCAGUAGCUGUGCCUGCAUGCACCAAUCUGAGGGUGAAAUGCUUGACAUGGAAGGAAGGGACUCCAUGGUUGGGAUCAGUGCUGGUAGAAGGAGAACUGAGAGCUUCAGCAGCAUUGAUUGAUCAAAGUUGGCUCAUAAUCAACAUACCCUUCUGCAGAAUGGUCAAUUUGAAAACCCAAUACACCGAAGUGUCAUUUGGGCACAGCGAGGUGUCCAAAUUUGGAAUUCGAGGGCUGAACGAACAGACUAGAAGGGUUGACAACUUUGUUGUUGUUGGGGAUUCCAGUGUGUGCCUUAUACACCUGGAGUCACCAGUUCAAUUCAAUUAUCACGCCCAACCUCUACAAAUUAGCCUGGUGUGGGGCUCUAGAGACCCACACUUUACCAUUAUCUCAGCCUGGUGUGGGGCUCUAGAGACCCAUGCCUUUACCAUUAUCAGCCUGGUGUGGGUCUCUAGAAGCCCAUGCCUUACCAUUAUCUCAGCCUGGUAUGAGACUCUAGAGACCCAUGCUUUACCAUUAUCAGCCUGGUGUGGGUCUCUAGAGGCCCAUGCCUUACCAUUAUCUCAGCCCGGUGUGGGGCUCUGGAGGCCCAUGUCUUACCAUAACCUCUGCCUGAUUGGCGAUGGAAUGUCAGAGAACGGAUUCGUCAUAGUGGAAACUCUGUCCAGUACAGCAUUGAUUGCCAUGUUUUCUUCUUAUAAAAUAUUUUGUGGUGAUGCCAAUGAAAUAAUCUCCUUGAAGAAAUUAUCACCACUCAAGGCUUCAAUUUCAGUAGUAACAGAGGAGAACGGUAAGAUACCAUCUGUACCUGCCCCUGCCUGCGAUGGUGUGAGAUGUGGAAAAUGUGUGAGUUGGGCCAAGGUUGGAGAUGGAGCACAAGACUGUGUGAACUACACCGAUGAAUCCUCUCGAGCCGUCAGAGACAAAGAGCGAGCUUGUCAAAGGAACACCAGUGUGUGCAGAUGCAGAAGAGACCAGCUGAGGUGCGGUGAUGGCCAGUGUGUGGACAAGGGCCUGUACUGCAACGGUCACCGAGACUGCGCAGAUGGCAGCGAUGAGCCAGCGCAGUGUGAGAACAGCUGUUUACAAUACUUACGGCUGACUGACGCUGGGAAAAUUUGUGAUGGAGUGAGGAACUGCUUUGACAAGUCAGACGAGAUCUGGUCACAGUGUCACAACACAGCUUGCCACUUGGAUGGUGCCUAUAGAUGUGCAGGAACCAGUACAUGUAUACCUCAAGAAUUUGUUUGUGACAAUGAUGUAGACUGUCCAAAUGGUGAUGAUGAACAACAUUGUGUCGCAAUUCAAUGGACCUAUCCUCAAAGAGUGGAAGGACUGUUGGCAGAACGCCGCUUUGGUACUUGGACUCCUAAGUGUUUGAACACCACAACUACAGACUUUACUGCAGUCUGUAAAGAGGUUGGCUUCAAUAAGGCUGAACACCACGAGCUGACAGCGCCCAACAGUACUGUUGCCGUAGCUGACAGUUUUAGCCCUGUAAGGCUGAACAAUAGGACAACUAUUCUGCUCAGACAAGGAAGACCUAUGCUUGAAGUUGACAAAAACAAAGAGUGUAAAUAUGUGUAUAUAACUUGUACGUAAUUUUUUAACAUAAAUAUAAUAAUAUUUUUAUUAUUCA